AUUGAACUUCACCGCCUAACAGUUUAUUGUAAUCCAAAACUUGCAACAGAAGAUACAUGUUGUGAAAUAUCCGCAGACCUGUGCCCACGUGAGGAGAGGUUACCUGCUACAACUUCAUCAUCAGUGACUCUGGAUGCUAGGAAGUUAUACACACUUCCAGGAAUGCAGCAAGAAUCUAGAGAGAGAUGCCACUGCUUUCCAAAUAAAGGAGAAGCAGGAUUGCCAGGAGUAGCUGGUUUGCCAGGCCAGAAAGGAUAUAAAGGUGAAAAGGGUGAAAUGGGUGCAAAAGGACAGGAUGGUGUAGCUGGUUUUCCUGGCGAAAAGGGGGAAGCUGGCUUAGUAGGUGCUCCUGGCAUACCUGGUCUUACUGGUUCCAAGGGUGAGCGUGGUUUUGCAGGUAGUAAAGGGGAAGAAGGUGAAAAG